UCUAUUUAUCCUGACUUCCAUUCUCCUUUUUUGUCACAAAAUUGAACGAAAAGAGAACGAAAUAAGAUCAAGAAAUAACUACAGUUAGAAUAUUAUUACUUAAUUUAUAUAUCAAAACCACAAAAGUUUACAAUAACAAAUAUAUAAUAAAAUCCUACUUUCGAUCUCUUUUCGUGCUGUACAUUUCACGACGUCGACCUAUAGGCAGCGUUUCGGUGCGUCGUGCCAUACUUGGAAACGGGCAACGAUUGGCCGCAUUCGGAACUCCUUGACCAAUUAGUGUUCGCCGUAUUACCAACCCGCAUUAAAGCUGCUAUCCAUGAGAGUAAUACGGUCUCAUGCGAUAUGUACCGAAAUCCCCGCACCUGUUCAGUUCGGGUCGUAGUGAAAAGAGAUAAACAAUAUAUUUCUCGAAGCUAGGGUUCUUGCAAACAAUGCACUUGCCCAAACUGGUGGUUCAUCUUCGGAACUGCGGCGCCCACGGGAAAUUUUUUAUCAGACUGUAUACCGUGACGAACACCAACGAAUAAGGCACAACGCGCUAUGCCUGUGCCCGAGAGCUUCCUCAGAUAGGAUUGAAGUCGUAGCGCAGCUGCAGCGAGGGGGGUAAUUGCCGUUCGUUCGAGAAUUGUCGUGUGACCGAGCGUGCUCCUAAUAUCGUCACGUCAAUGCACCCGAGUGUUAAUUUUAAUUUCUAUCGAGGAAUUACAUAAUGUACGUGCAUGAGUCACAAGGUGCAUAAGGGGGGGGACGUGCAAACGUCAAAAUCGCGCUACGAUUUUCUGGUAUUUCAGUUUGGAUCUCUAUAAGAAUCUCCAAUUGGAUUGCAUUUACAAUGAGCAAGAAACAUUAUGCAACUUGCCAGUGAACAGAAAGCCCACCACUAAGAAAUGGCAAUUUUCAAAUUGAAAAUACUAACGUGUAGGUGCACGAUUUCAUAGUUGUGGAAACUGCCGUCGUUUUGUUGUAACAUACGAACCAGGUAUUUGAAUCAAUUGAACGAAGUAGCUGUUCGUGUCGUAUUUAUUAUUGAAAAAUGCCAGCACCGCCUCCACCUCUCUCAAGUUUGGCAGAGGCACCUAUGUGUGAAAAAACCGAAGUCAGCGAUGCAGACUCCCUGCCUCCUUGGGCAAAAAUCACCCUCACAUCAGCAGAGGCAGAAAUUGAAAAGCUGAUAUCUAGAAAUGAAUUGAAAGACGCGGAGGUCACAUAUUUUUGUCAAGUGGAACCAAUUUUGCAAGAUGGACCACAAUGCGGUUUAGUAGCUCUUGCUAUGGCAUCACAAGAAUACACAAAGCCAGUUUCUGUGAGUCAACUCUUAGCCGAAGCUCGUGUAAGGGGUUUUACACAACAUGGAGAAGUGUACAGUGUUGACUUCAUGGGCACAUUAGCUGCUGAAUAUUUGCCUGACCAUAGACCGGAUAUCUUAGUAGAUUUACAGCAAUGCCCAGAUACAUUGACGCAUGCUCUGGCUCAUGGUGCAAUGGUACUAAUUCCAUACGAUUCUGAUUUCAAUCAUGCUCCGUGCUUAAAAAGAGGCCAUAAAGCUCAUUGGGCACUACUUGUGGGUCUAAUUUCAUCUAGACAAGGAUAUCACGUCUUAGCGCGUCAUGGAAAAUCACGUCACUUAGCUUGUUGGCCGUUGCGCGACUUAAUCGAGAGCAAUGGCAACUUGGAAGAGGAAGGAACAGCCAGACACGCUGGAGGAUACGUGAUACCAAAAGGAGGAGUUGGAGGUCAGAGAGGUUUGCGCGGUAGGGCAUUGGCGUUGCACCCAUACAUAUAAGAUCAUGUGUACAAGAAUUGUAGGCAAUUAAUAUCACAGCGAAAGACAGGAAAAAAUUACUAUUAUAAUAUUACUGUAUCCACGUAUAUGGUAAAUAUUCGAAAACAUAACGUUUGCACAGCUGCUACGGAAUUUAAUUCGUAAUGCUUUUAAAUAACAUGUGUUUCAACUCGCGAUGCAUUUUUUGAUCAACAUUCGACGGGGAAUAUUAAGAUCCUCGAAAAUUCUGCAUUAGAUGUAAUCGAUGGACGAUAAUAUCAUUCGUUGAUAUACACACGCAGUGUAAAUAAUGAUUUAUUAUGUAUGUUUAACUUUACAUGCACCCGACCGCGCGCAACGUUUUGAAAAAAUUCUUUCUUCCGUUGUUUCGAUUGUAUCGAGCUUUUCCUGUGGUGCGACACGUGCUAAGCGCAAACGCGGGGAAAUAAAAUGGGCAUGUACACGUGCAUGAGAAAGACAAACGCGCACGAGGAGAAAGAAAAUGUCUAUAAAGGAUAUCUGCAUAAAAUAAAUAUUUACAUGUAUUAGCUAGAAUUUAUUGGGAUCGUAACACUAGCCGGAACAGAAUAAAAAAAAGUCUAAGUAUAUUUAUUUAGCGAAGAAAUCGUAGGUUUUCGAACAAUAAUUAUGGAUCUUUGUUUUAUGUUAACAUUGUGAAUAAAGACUAAAUCUAUCUAUAGCAAGAGUCUCGCAAUUGCAUUUGAGGCAAUACAACUUAAUGUUCGUGUGUAUCGGAUUGUUGGGCGCAUUGCUUUUAAGAUGCGGAGUAUAUUACAUUUGUUAGACUAGUCUUACGA